CGUCACCAACCCCUUUUUUUGUUUUUUUCUUUCGAGUUGACUUCGCACAGGGAUUGUAGUUAGAAGCGUCUAGAACGUUUCCAACGCCAACAAAAUGCCCCGUGUUUACAUAGGACGACUGAGCUAUCAUGUCCGCGAAAAGGACGUCCAGCGGUUCUUCGGCGCCUUCGGAAAGCUUUUGGAAGUCGAUUUAAAAAAUGGAUACGGAUUCGUGGAGUUCGAAGACAACCGGGACGCCGACGACGCGGUGUACGAGUGUAACGGCAAGGAGCUGUGCGGCGAGCGGGUGAUCGUGGAGCACGCCCGCGGACCGCGUCGCACCCGGGAGAGCUACGGUGGGGGUCAGUGGGGUGAUAGGCGCAGCAGCGGUUACAGCAGCAGCCGCAGCAACACUGGCAGGGAGAAGUACGGACCCCCCGUUCGUACGGAAUACCGUCUGACUGUGGAGAACUUAUCCAGCCGCUGCAGUUGGCAAGACCUCAAGGAUUUCAUGCGGCAGGCCGGAGAGGUCACCUACGCCGACGCCCACAAGGAGCGCGCCAAUGAGGGCGUGAUCGAGUUCCGCAACAAGUCGGACAUGAAGCAUGCCAUCGACAAGUUUGACGGCAUGGAAAUCAACGGGAGAAAGAUCCGUCUGGUGGAGGACCGUCCUCGCAGGCGCAGGUCCUACUCCGGCAGCCGCUCCAGAUCUCGCAGCCGUCGGCGUUCCCACAGCAGGAGCCGCAGGAGCCGAAGCUCCAGGAGUCCAUCCAGAUCCAAAUCUAGGUCCGGUUCCCGUAGCAACAAGCGCUCCAAGUCUGGAGACCGCAAGUCCACCUCUCGUAGACGCAGGUCGCCCUCGCGCUCAAAGUCCAAAUCCCGCUCGCACAGGUCCGGCUCUCCGUCCCCGGAGCGCAAGUCCAAGUCCCGCUCAAAGAGUCGCUCCAAGGUCCGGUCCGAGCGAGACUCUCGGAGCCGGUCCAAGGAGAAGGCGGACCAGAAGUCCCGCAGCCGCUCGCCCUCCCCCGUGGAGAACGGGAACGGGGAGCGGGACGCAAAGUCUGCGUCCCGCUCCCCGUCUCCUCGGGAGGAGGAGCGCCAGUCCAGGUCCAAGUCCAAGUCCAGGGAGAAGCGCUCAGUGUCUGGCUCCAGGUCUAGAUCUGCUUCUCAGGAUUAGCACACCUGAGCUUCCAUCCUUGAAGCAGCACUUCCUGUCCUUAAAUCCUUCAUUCUGCUUUUCUUGUCCUCGUUGCUGGCCCACUCAUUUGGAAUUAUUAUUAUUAUUAUUAUUAUUGAUCUGGAUCCCAAUCUGUGUGUCUGUAUAUCAAUCUGAUAUUGUGUGUAUUCACUUGCAGGUGUGUUACAUCCAUGUAGGUGUGUGUUAGAUCCACGUAC